UCUCUGAAUUUUCGGAUUCAAAAGCUGUGAAAAAACUUCGGGAUCAGCAACAGGACAAAGAAGCUCGAUCACAUAAGAAGAAAGAAGUAGAAAAUAUCGUGCAAGAUGAUAUUUCGGACGAUCAGACUAAUGCAUCGGAGGCGGUUUCAGAUAAGGUAAGCGAAUCAACCUCAUAUUCCUGCCCUGUUAAUGUGGAUGGUGGCGACCCCAAUUCAAUUAUUGAUGACUCCGAUUCUGAUUAUUCUGAAGAAGAAAUGCCAGAUGAAUCGGAUGACGAUGGAUAUAGUGGAUGCGGUGGAUAUAAUGAAUAUGGUGAAUCUGAUAGAG